AUGAUCGACUUCUUCUUUCCCACCGACGCCAUGGGCUCCCAGACGCUUCGGCUCGUGGCCGAAGCCCAGCAGGGGGGCGGCGAGGUGUUCGACAUCGCGCGCCUGUGCCGCGACCUCGACCCCAACGACAAGAAGGGAUGGGAACGGGCCUGGCUCGAUCUGGCCCGGAGGACCGAGGACAACGCCAGGGAGGCGCUGUCCAAAGGACACGAACAUACGGCCAUGCAGUUCUUCUUCCAGGCCAACCAGUACUUCCGCAUGUCCGACGUGUUCCUGACCAUUGCCGAGAACGACACCAAGGCGGAGCGGUUCAAGCUGUCGCAGGCGAGCUUCCGGGAGGCCGCGGUGCUGCACAAGCCGCCCAUGGAGGUCAUCAGCGUCCGCUGCGGCGACGAAGUGUACGACGGCUACUUCUGCCACCCCAAGUACCCGGCGCCGGGGAAAUGGCCCGCCGUUUUUCUGAUCGGCGGCGCCGACGCCUUCUCCGAAGAGAUCUACUUCAGCGGCCGGCAGGUGCUGGAGCACGGCUGGGCGCUGCUGCUGGUGGACACCCCCGGACGGGGCUCGUCCAUGUACGUGGACCCCGAGCGCAUCGGCCUCAUCGGCAUCAGCAUGGCCGGCUACUACGGGCCCCGGGCCGCCGCGUUCGAUGAGCGCAUCAAGGCGCUGGUGGGUUGGAGCGGGUGCUACAGCAUUCUGGAUGACCUCUACCUCUUCUGCGAGCACCUCCAGCCGGUUGUGCAACGGCUGCUGGGCGGCGUGAGCGACGAAGUGGCCCGGGAGCGGCUCAAGGAUUUCACCAUGGAGGGCAUCGCCCAGAAUAUCACCUGCCCGACGCUCAUCACCCACGGUGCCGACGACCGGCUGAUGAACGUCGAAGGCGCCAAGCGGCUGUAUGACGAAAUCGGGAGCGCGGACAAGACCCUCAAGAUCUACGACGACGCGCGCAGCGGCGGCGCCAUCCAUUGCAGCCACGACUACUGGGGCCACAACGUGCCGUACAUGCUGGAUUGGAUGCAGGACCGGCUCUAG